AUGGAGAGAAGAUUUGCAUCUCCCACCAAGAGUGGGAAAUUCAUGAACCCCACUGAUCAGGCUCGAAAGGAAGCUCGGAAGAGGGAAUUAAAAAAGAAUAAGAAACAACGAAUGAUGGUACGAGCUGCAGUACUGAAGAUGAAGGAUCCCCAAAAAAUUAUCUGGGACAUGGAGAAACUGGAUGAGAUGGAGUUCAAUCCAGUACAGCAGCCACAGCUACAUGAAAACGUGAUCAAAAGGAAACGCAAAAAACUUCAGGAAACUUUUCAGAGAAUUGUCCGACUCUAUGAAAAGGAAAAUCCAGGUAUUGCCAAAGAACUUGGAAAGUUAGAGGUGCAGUGUGAGCAGAAGAGGGCCCAGCUCAGUCAAUACUUUGCUGCUGUAAAGAAGGCUCAGGACGUUGAAGUGGAAAGCAUCCCACUGCCUGACAUGCCUCAUGUUCCUUCUAACAUCUCUCUCCAAGGAAUACCAUUGCCUGGUGCACAGUCACUGACUGUUCUCAAAAAUCUCUCUGCCUAUGGACCUCCCACCAGGGCAAUUUCUCUGCUUCCUUUGCCUGGACAUGGUGUUCCUCCUUUACCUCCUGGCAGAAUUCCUCCGGGCCCACCCCCUGGGCCACCUCCUUUCCAAGUGCUGCAGAUGUAUGGCCAUAAAGUGGGCUUUGCUCUAGAAGUUGUUCCUCCUCAGCAGCAGGAGGAUAGUCCAGAACUUGCUCAAGGAGGUUGUGAUGACAAUGCUUUCAGCACCCUUGAAAAAGAAGAUUGUCCUCAAGACAUGGAUCAAGAUAAGCAUGAUGACAGCAGUUGUGACAGGAACAUCAACAAGUCAGAUGUCUCCUGGGAAGAAGAGUUCAUGGCUGAUAAUGAAGAGAGAGAGAACAGUGAGGAAAAAAACUCAGUUCUCAAUGUAAGAUUUGCUGGUGUUCCUGGAGAAUUGGGAAAGAAAAAGAAAAACAUGAAGCAAAUAACACCUCUUCAAGCUACCAUGCUUAGAAUAGCAGGUCAGGAAAUUCCUGAGGAGGGGCAAGAAGCUCAGGUAUUUUCAGAGGAUGAUGACCAGGAGGAUUCUGAGGACUUAAAGGACACAAGAGAGCAGCAGCACAAGGAAGUAUCUCUUCCUGAUGGGACAUUCUCCUCUCCUGCUUUUCAGAAACAGCAACCACCUCCACAGUCUGUUCUUCCUGCCCAAAGACAGUUGCCUGCCAUACCAGGACUCCACCCUGUUCCACCAUUACUACCAGCUCCUGGGCUCCCUGCUGGUCCACCCCCAAGAGCUACUCCCUUCUUAAAACCACUUGGAAUGCCAGGGUUUAGAGCUCCUUCACCCAAGCUUUUACUUUCUGGCCCUUCUCCUCAAGGGGGACCACCAAGGCUAUGUCCCCCAGCACCUCUCGCCAGCCCUCCACCUCCUCCUGGGAGGACAAACCCACCUUUUGCACCCCAAAUUGGACCAGCUCCACCUGGGCUUUUUCUACCAGCUCCCUUGCCCAAUGCACAGAUUUUAAGCCCUCCACCUAAUUUGAUCCAGAGACCUAAAAUGCAUGAUACCACUGCAGGUCCCAUUGAGAAGAAAGUCACAGCUAUCAUCAGUGCCAAGCCACAAAUCACCAAUCCCAAGGUAGAAAUGAUCAGAUUUGUGCCUACUGCACUGAGGAUUCAACGAGAAAACAAAAGAGCUACUGCUGCUGUUCCCCAAAGGAAAUCGGAAAAGGAUUUUACUAUACCCCUUGCCAAAACUGUCCCUCAAUCUGGCCCCUCUGCUCCUGUUUCAGUCCAGACCAAGGACGAUGUGUAUAAGGCUUUCAUGAAAGAGAUGGAGGGGUUACUCUGAAUUUGUUGGCUUAAAGACUGCAGGUAUCAUAGAUGUCAUAGAAAAACGCAUAGUUUCUCCUAGUUCUAUUUUCCAGGUCAGUUGUUUUUCCACUGAGAUAUUUUACAUUUUCUUCUAUUUUUUCUUUUUUUUUUUUUUUGGUUUUGUUUGAUUCUUGAUAUCUCAUUGAAUCAUUCACUUCCAUUUGUUCAAUUCUGAUUUUAGUGAAUUAUUUUCGUCAGUUACCUUUUUUUGCAUUUGGCCAAUUGAAUUUUUAAAUGAGUUGUUUUGUUCAUAUGGUUCUUAAAAGCAGGAGUUCUUAUAUACUGGACUUGAGUGCAGAAGAGUUUACUUGUACUCUGUCAUAGCAUUUUCUCACUUCAGUGUAAUGUUACUUAAUAUCUUAAUGUUAUUUAGCUUUGGUCAGAAUUAAUUGCACAGAAGAUAAAGAUGUUCCAUUCCUAGUGGACUGGUAAACUUCUAUAGAAGUACUCCUUCAUAUCUCUACUAUAUCCACUAUCACCAUUUUCUUUUUUCUUUUGAAGCAUGAGAUAGACAGGAUUUUCCUCAAGUGAGUUGGGCACUGGAGGAGAAAUUUCUCAGAAAACAAAUAUUAUCUCUUUUGUGAUUUUAACUUCAAUUUUUAAAUGUUUUCCUUGUAAUUCUUUUGUAAAAAUUUUACUGAUUAUAAAAUAUAGACAAUCUUAUUUUCCUUCAAUGAAGCAAGAUGUCUGGA